AUGGUAGAUCAGGACGAGAAUGAAUCCGGGAAUCCAGGACAUACUCAUCCUGGAGCUUCAGCUCUCCUCUGGGGAGGGGUUUUUAUAGAUAGAGAGGUGAGUCGAGGGUUCUCGUUUCGGGAGAUCUUGGAACAUGCCCGUCGUGUGAAUGCGCAUACAAAUAGGGUCACCCUCCGCCCUUUAUUCGAAUGGGGGUUUCUGCUUCCUUUCAACUUCGACGGGAUGGGAACAAGCCAAAUAGUAGUAAAGCCGAUGGUGUGCCUUGAAAUGCAUUUUCAUUCCUUUUGGGAGCCGGUCUGUGAGAUUGAAAGCCCGAAAGAGUUAAGCUAUCUGCUGCUCCUUAACUUGUUGGAGGGUUUGGAGCCGUCGUCGCAACACACCGCCCUUACUUCUUCUCGGCGACUUAUAGCUUGCGGAUUUCACAGUUCACGCGUCCCGAGAACCAGGUAUCGAACUACAGCACCUAAGAUCCCACCUCGUGUACUGCAUUCAACUAGCCAUGCAGGGCUAUCGAGGCAGUCACCGCUAUGGGAAAAAGAGCCUUUCAUAGCGGUCUUACCUCCAGAAAUGGCCGCCCUCUUGUUGCCGUUGGCUCUCAUACAUAAUAGGGGAGGGGGUGGACCUCUUUUUGAAGUCAACUCAGCCUUAGCUAUUACCAGGGACUCUGCCAUCGGCAGAUAUUCUAGCGCACCCUAA